GAGAUGAAUGUGUAAAGAAAAAUGCUCUGGCUGAUAAAUGGUACAGAAUCAAUGGAUCGCUGUUGAAGACGAUUUAUUCAAUAAAAAACUGGGCAGAUGCAAGAUCCUAUUGCCGGUCUAUAGGCGGAGACUUGAUGACCGUUCAUUCGCAGAUAGAAAACAAAUUUGUGAAAAGCGUAUUGAUGUAUCCUACCUUCUUCAAACUUUACUCUCUGGAUGGCACUGAUGAUGCAGGCGAAGUGACUUUGUUCAACGGUGCAAAGUACAUGGAUAAAAGUGGACGAAGAGGAAUUCAMUUCGAUGGUGACAAUGACUACGCAAAGAUCAAAAGCUUCCACGCCAGGAACGUUGAUUUAACCAUUGCCUUCUGGUUCCGCGUAAAAMGUCUGGMAACAGCUAUCAAUAUGUUUAACGAUAUUAAAGAUAGCAAAAGACAGUUUUCCAUUCAAUCGACCAACGACCGCGCACUAACUGUUCAAUUCAAAACAGCUAAAGGGAAAUUGAUCAGCGCCUCGACAGCGAAAAGCAGUUUUCAAAUUGAUAAAUGGACCCAUUUUGCUGUAACGUGGAAUCGUACUUCAAAGGAAAUGAUGGUUUAUAUCAAUCUCAAUAAGAAGGCAUCCAAGAUAUCCACUCUCGACAAUAUCGAUCUUCAAAACACUGGAAACACAAAAUACACACUUGCCAAAAAUGGCAAUUUCCACCUAAUGGGUUGGAUAAGCGAUUUUUAUGUUUUCCAGAACGCACUCACGAAAACACAACUACAAAACUUGAAAGAUGGUUUAAUGAAGGGAGCGUGGCUUGGUCUGAACGAUAUUGAUGUAGAAGGUUCCUUGAAAUGGUCCAAYAACCAYGCAAUUAGCUACAUGCCAAACGUUGGUAACGAGGAUUCAAGAGAUUGCUUAGUUAUGAAAAGGGGGAACGGCAAURACAUUGAAUGGAAGCUACAGGAUUGCAAUAGCAUGCAUGCAUUUAUUUGYGAAAAGCCAGCUAUUUGAAGUAUUCACACARAUGAAAAUAGGUUAAUAACCAUUUGCAAUAAUUUCARUCGUCAAAUUAAGGUCAUGGUAUUGCUUCCAACAAGUCUUCAAAUGUAAAAUGUUAUUCAUUUAACUUCUGCACAGAUCCACAAUAGAAGUUUGGGCACUUUUUUAAUGUUUUCAAAGAAGUACUAACAAUUAAUUACAUUUCACAAAACACAGCACAAGAUCACUAGUCAUAUUUAUACAUAUGUUUAUCCAAAAAAAUAUUUUUUCACAUUUUUUUCGAAUUUUAGAUUCAAACCUACACAAUCAAGUCGGUUUUGUU